AUGGAGUUAUUAGCACCUGAAGAUGCAGCGCUUGGUAGCAUGGCAGGACCACUUGUAGAUCCAGCAGCUCCUGGUGAAGCAAGCCGAAGGAAAAAGAAUCAUCCAUCACAAGAGGUCGAAGCUCCAACAAUGGCAGAAUCCACCAUUAAGCUUACAGUCAAAUUCGGAGGCAAUUCAAUACCACUCUCGGUAUCAUCAGAUGUUACUGUCAAAGACCUCAAGUCUCUUCUCCAACCAAUCACCAACGUUCUUCCUCGUGGCCAGAAACUCAUCUUCAAAGGUAAGGUUUUGGUGGAGACGUCGACUUUGAAGCAAUCAAAGGUGGGCGAUGGAGCGAAAAUCAUGUUAAUGGCUUCUCAAGGUCUGCAUCAAGGGGAAGGUCCAGUGCUUAAGGAAGCUAGUACAAGGCCAAUCUCUAGAACUGUUGUAUCUGAUAAAGCAGAUCAGACGAAACCUGGUCUACUCGUUGACAAGAACCGCACUGAUCGAUGGAAAGCCACAGGAGUCAUUGCUUUAGCUCAAGCCUAUUUGAAGGAAAUACCGGAAGAAGUGUGGGACUGUGGAUCCGGAGUCAGAGUACUAGACAUUAGUGAAAACUUCAUUCGAGAAGUACCUGCAAAAAUCAGCUCUUUUGGUUCUAUGCAGAAAUUGUUCCUUCAAGGGAACGGCCUGUCCGAUGAAUCCAUUCAAUGGGAAGGGAUUGCAUCUCUGAAACGUCUCAUGCUUCUCUCCAUCAGUCAUAACAAUCUAACUGUCCUGCCAUCAGCACUAGGUUCGUUGACGUCUCUCAGGCAACUUGAUGUCGCCAACAACAAGUUGACAAGUAUACCCAAUGAGAUAGGGCUUUUGACGCAGCUCGAGAUCUUCAAAGCCAACAAUAACAGGCAAAUUCAGCUUUACACAUCUUUUUAA